CAUCUCCAGAGCCAGUCAUGCAUGCUUCCAAUUCUCUCAGGUUCUUGGAUGAUGUUCUUGGACUGAUGGACGGUUAUUAUGACACUCGCUUUGCGUUGAACGCAGCUUCGGAUGCAUCUAGCGCCAAGGUGCUGAAUAUUCUUCCUGAUGGCAUUAGAUGUCAAAGGCGACUGGAUCAAGCCCGCUCCCUGAUCUUGGCGAACAGAAUGCAACCGGGCUUCCACGUGCUGAACAAGGCACUUGAUAACCUCGAAUAUAUACUUACAAACGCAGAUGUCAGUGUCGUCUUCUUUCUCUGCGAAAUAGUCACGAUAUUUGACCAACGAUACAAGGAGCUGGCAUUCAAACUGAGCCGACAUAUCCACGACAUAAUAGUCAAGGUUUUUAGCGCUGGGUAUCCUCUGGCUCGCCUACUCCACCGGCUUGUUUAUGUCUCGGACGAAGAUCAAUAUGAUAUGAUCGCCACCGUCAUAGAGGCUUCCUUCGAUAAAUUCCAAAAUUUCUGUCCUUGUAGCCGUAUGGUUGAACGAGUCAACAUUCACUACUAUCUGCUCUUGGACUACAUGGGUCGGACACCAAGAGACUUGAAGUCUGACUUUCCCGAGAUGGAUGUGACUACUCUCGAUACCAUGAAGGUCGCUUAUCUCUAUAGACUAGCCGAUCGUCUAAUCUCCAAGGGGAGAUUCGAAGAAGCGGAUCGCAACCUAGCUUCGAUGCGGACUUGGCUCGAAGAUCCUCUAAAUCGAGGCGGUUCGAGCUGGGAGGAUCUCCAACUGUGCUACUACCACCUCAUGGCACAAUGCAGGUUCUCAAGCGGCGAAUGGGAGGAGGGCGAGGUUUGGUUAAAGAAGGUACAACAGCACAGUGCUCGAUACUUUCCGGAUAUGUAACAUCUUUCCCGGGUAAUCAAUUGUACUCAUACCUCAGAUUGUUUUCAAUCUAGUUCAAUUCAC